AUGAAUAAAAUGGAGGACAGAAAAAGGACAAUUCUUUCUUCUGGAAAUUCCAACACAUCAUUAACUCCUGUUAAACUUCAGAAACUUAAAGAAAAUGAUAAGAUAUCUAAUGAAAACGAUAAUGUUUGGAGUAUUUCAAAAGUAACUAGAGGAGCUAGCGCAAAGAGUUCAGGUUCAAAAACAGUGAUGAAACAUGCUUUACGACAACAGGCUAAACGAAGGCGCAAAAAUACUACUAUUGCGGCUGGAAAUGUAGCUCCUCUUCCAAGAAUUAUACUUCCUUCUAAUCAAAUAAACACCAUUGAAGAUGAAUCUAGAGUACCUACAAUGUUAGAAGUGUUAUCGUCUAUUCCAGGUUUUAGUUUGGUAAAACCACGUAAGCGCCCUGGAUCUAAACGAUUGUCAGCUGCUGCUCAAUUGCAGCAAGCAAAGGCUGAAGGUUGUGUUGAUUUAGAAACGCCAGAUUCUGUUCUUACACAAGUUAAUUUGAGAUCACUUUUGAACAAACAAACUUUUUCAAUGCUACCCCGUCUUUAUCAACAUAAACUAGUACAAAUGUUACCACAUGUUGAUCGGGAAAGUUUAAGUGAUACUCAAUCUGAUUUCAGACCAUUAUUAAACUCAUCUGUUUUAAAUAAUGAGUUCUUUGCUCAAGCUUGUCUUGAAUGGACUGAUAGACUAUCAGAAGGGGAAUUUACACCUGAAAAUCAGCAAAAAAUGAAAAUGGAUAUUGAUCGUGAAAAAAGUAAACUAGAUCCAUUUAAACUAAAGUAUUUUGAACCUAUCUGGGGUGAAAAUAGACUAUCAAAUUCAAAUGCUGCUGUUUCGGACUGGCGUUAUCCUAAGCAUAAAAAAACCGAAACUAUCACUAUUUCAGUAAACACACCACCUGUUAAUACUGUUACUAAGGAUGUGACAAUAAAUGCCAUAACAGCAACAACAAAAGAGACCACAACAACGACAACUACGAUUACUACAACAACAGCAACAACCGCAACAACAACAAUACCAACCACAUGCUCAUCGUCUGAUGAUAUUAAAAGUGAAGAUAAAAAAUUAGAAUCACCAUGGGAUUCUGUUGAUUCCACGACAGAUUCUACAAUAAAACCAUUAAUAGAGGAUGUGGUUGUACCAAAAUGUGAAGACAUUGUAAUAGAUAUUCCAUUAAAAGAUGAAUUUAUAAGCGAUGUUGAUAAAAUUGAUGAUGUUAAUUUGGAUGAAACAUCAGUGAUUAAAAACUGGUCUUCUUUAAUGAAUGAUGAUCUGGAAACAUUAAUUCCAGAAUACGAUUGUGUUUCUACAUCAAAAGUAAAAGAACAAAGUGAAAGUGAAGUCCAACUGGAGUUAGAAGUUACUUUAACUCCAAAAGUAGAUGAUGUAAACUCAACAACUAAUCAAAUUCCUCCAAAUGAGCCAAAUGAUAAUAAUAUGAAUACUAUUCAAGAACUUCCAAAACCCAUUUCUCCGCCUGUGGUGGUUCGAAUGCCUAGUGUUAUUCAGCCUCUUGUUAUUAGUUCUUCUAACAGUUCACCAUUACCCAGUACACCGUCUUUAUCGAUAUCUCCAUUAGUUCAAUCUCCUCUAGAGUCUAAUAUCCCUAAUGAUUUUUCAUUUAUCAACACAAUAUCUAAUAUUUCAUCGGCUCCUUCUGAUCGUCCAGUUCACAAUACAUAUGUGUCAUCAAUCAAAUCACAAGUGAGUUCAAGUAGUGGCGGAUCAAGUAGAACUAGUGGUAGAUCAUCAUUGAAGCAACCACCCGGUGCUAUUAAUUUAGAAAGAAGUUACCAAAUAUGUCAAGCCGUUAUACAAAAUAGUCCUAAUCGUAAUCAACUUAGGUGUCAACUGAAACCACCACCAGCAGUAUUAAUUGGCAAAAGCUCUAUUUUACGAAAUGGACCGAAACCAAUAAGGAACAUAAAUAUCACUAGCAGUUCACAACCUCUGGUUGUUAGACAUGUAUUUGCAUCUUCUCGUGGCAUUCCAGUAACAAUGUCUGUUGGACCGCCGUAUACAUCUGAUCAACAACAACUAACUGAAAAACAAAUGGGGCAGUAUCUGUUGGUCCAGAGGUCUGGUGGAAUAACAGGUAUACGCCGAUCAUCUAGUGCUCCACCGACCAAUAACAAAAUAGCGCCAAUUUUAAAUGGUGGAAGACCAGCAAGUGUAGGUAUACAAGUAUCUACAUAUGGUCAGUCACAGCAAACAAAUGAUUGUUCGUGUAGUCUUAACGCUAUGGUAGUAUGUAAGAAAUGUGGAGCAUUUUGUCAUGACGAUUGUAUUGGCCCAUCUAAACUUUGUGUUACGUGUCUUAUUCGAUAA